AUGGCCGCCGAGAACGCACUAAAAUCUCGAGAGGUCUCAGCCAUGAUCAAACAGGGCUUCAUCUCUGAUCAAACGCUCUCAUUCUCACCAUCAAGAUCCAUAUCCAAGCUCUACUCUCCCACUUCCUCGCCCUCAAAGGCCCUCUCUUCUCCUCCCCCACCACCUCAACUGGCCGGGUCGACUCAGUCUUUAACUCGCCCGAGUCAGUCCCAAACCCUCUACGAGAUGAUGUCCGAUGAGCAACACCGAGACUCCAAGCUCGCAGACCGAAAAGUCCACGAAAAAGUCCACAAACUCCUCCAAAACGCACCGUUCCGAAACCCCAAUUGGGGAGGGCUAGUAUCCGGUGACGUGAGGCUCACUGUGGUAGCCAAGGACGGGUUCAGGGUCACCAUGGACGUGCACAAGAGCGUUUUGGCCGCGAAAAGCCGGUUUUUCGCCGAUAAGCUCCGAAAAGAUCGCGGGGUUUCUCACUGUGUCGAGAUUUCGGACUGCGACGAUGUUGAGGUCUAUGUGGAAACUGUGGUGUUGAUGUAUUGUGAAGAUUUGAAGAGGAGGUUCAUGGGCGAGGAGGUCUCUAGGGUUUUGGGCUUGCUAAAGGUAUCUGCUGCUAUCAUGUAUGAUGAGGGGAUUGGCUCAUGCUUGGAGUAUUUGAAGGCUGUUCCAUGGUCUGAGGAAGAAGAGGGGAAAGUUAUAUCUCAGCUCAAUGAACUUCAGCUUCAUGAUGACUUGGCCAGUGAAGUUCUCCUCAGAGUGUCAUCUGAACCAUCCACUUCUGCAAGAGCCGAUGAGAUCUUUAUGAGGCUGCUGACCGGUGUUCUUCAAGCAAAAGACGAUAGGGCUCGUCGGGAAAUGAAGACUCUCAUCUCUCGGUUGCUUAGAGAAGAUGCAGCCAGUGGCAGCAAUAAUAGGCUUGAUGUCUCUAAAGAAACCCUUUACCAUCUUUGCCAUCGGUGUCUGAGUUCUCUUGUCCUGUGCCUAUCUGAAGCCACGGGCAUGGAUGACAGUAGGAGGGAUCGCGGGGUUUUAAUGGCGGAGAUAGCAAGAGAAGCUGAUAACAUGCAAUGGAUUGUUGAUAUUCUGGUAGACAAGAAAAUGGGUGAUGAGUUUGUGAAAUUGUGGGCUGAUCAGAAGGAGCUCGCAGUCCUCCAUUCAAAGAUCCCAACCAUGUACCGACAUGAAAUCAGUAGAAUCACUGCUCAGCUAUGCAUUGCAAUUGGGAGCAGACAAUUGCUUGUGCCCAAAGAAACAAGAUUUUCUUUGCUAUCUACAUGGCUAGAAGCUCUUUAUGAAGACUUUGGAUGGAUGAGGAGGGCUUCUUUUAGAUCUAUUGAUAAGAAACUGGUUGAAGAAGGGAUAAGCCAAACCAUUCUUACACUGCCCUUGCAGCAGCAACAGGGUAUCUUACUCAAUUGGUUUGAUAGAUUUCUAAACAAGGGCGACGACUGUCCAAACAUUCAGAAGGCAUUUGAGGUCUGGUGGAGACGAGCUUUUAUUAAACAUGUAUCGGAGCAGGAAAACACCCAGUUGCAAAUAACCGUGUGUGAUUAUCCAAGCUGA